UUUGAUCAGUUUGUUUGUUUAUAGUUUAAAUCAUUUUUCAGUAGAUCUUUCUUUGAUUUUUGGGGAAUAUUUCUGAUUUAUUUGUACCCUUCCCUCCAGUGUGUGAUAAACCCCAGACAGCAGAAGCUCAGCUCUGUCUCCAGACAUGGGCGACUGGUCCUACCUGUCGGCUCUUCUGGAUAAGGUCCAGUCCCACUCCACGGUGGUGGGGAAGAUCUGGAUGAGCGUCCUGUUCCUCUUCAGGAUCUUCGUCCUCGGAGCGGCUGCAGACAACGUGUGGGGAGACGAAGCGUCCGAGUUCUCCUGCGACAGUCACGAGCCGGGAUGCGAGCAUGCGUGCUACAACUGGAAGUUCCCCAUCUCCUAUGUCCACUACUGGGUGCUGCAGAUCACCUUCGUGUCCACGCCCACCCUGGUCUACCUGGGCCACGCCGUGCACGUGGUCCACAGAGAGAAGAGGCUGAAGAUGAGCCGCUACACCGACGACAGGGGGAAGGUGAGGAUCAAAGGCAUCCUGUUCUGCACAUACAUGACCCAGCUCGUCUUCAAGAUCCUGCUGGAGGUGGGCUUCAGCGUGGGCCAGUUCUACAUCUUCGGGUCGGUCUUUAUGGUGUCCGUCUUCCACUGCCCCCUGACUCCACCCUGUGCUUACUUCUCUGGAGCUCAGUGUCAUGUCUCCAGGCCCACAGAGAAGACCAUCUUCAUCAUCUUCAUGCUGGUGGUUUCGGGGAUCUCGGUGCUCCUCAACAUCAUCGAGAUUCUUUACCUGCUGUGCAGCCGGAGGAGGAACGCCCAGAAGAAGAAGAUGUUCGCUCAGCAGCAUCGUCUCGCUCCACACCAGCCUCCUUCCAACCAGAACUGGACCAGCAGCUAUGGAGGCUUCCAGCCGGCCGGAGGAGGACCUGGAGGCAGAGAAGAACACCAACACAGCGACUCCAUCAGCAAAGAAAAGUUCACCUGACUCACCUGAGGGGAAAAACACCUGGUACACCUGACUGAGACAAAAAACACACCUGUUCCACGUGUUCCACGUGUUCCACGUGUCUGCAUCCAUAUGUUUUCCAUGUAAAAACACACCUGAUGAAUGAAUGUGAUGCUCUGUUCUAGGUUUCUAGGUUCUGUGUUCUACUGUCUGGACUGUGCUGAAGGUUCUGAACUGAGCUGCUGAUGUUCCUCAGAUAAUAAAGAUGUUCUGAUCUAACA